AAAGAUUCACGGGGACAAGUCAUGAAUCUCUUAUUGACAAAUUAAUUUCAUCAGCAUAUUAGAUUGAGAAAAAUUAUGUAGAUUAAUUUUAUGCCGACGUAUGUAAGUUCUCUGGACUUAUAAAUAGUGGACUCCCAGUUUGAUAGAGCAUCAUAUUUGUGAUUGCAUUACGGAAAGUACAAGCAAAAUGUACGCUGCUGUAGUCUUUUUGGCUCUCUUCGGCACCCUUGCCAGUGCUGAAUUCAAUUCUUUCCCAACCGCUGGAGUCCCAUACAAUUCCUAUUCUUCCUCCUACGGAUCAAACUCCAAUCUGCAGUGCAACAAGGAAUUUGAGUACUACGACAAGUGCGCCAGUCCCUGUGAAGAAACCUGCUACAACACCCAGAAUUACUAUGAACUGAAGAACAAGGAUGAGUGCAGCCUGCGCAACUGCGUACCCAGGUGCAAGUGCGUCAGUGGAUACGUUCGCAACAACAACGAUCGUUGUGUGCCCAAGAAUGAGUGCAAGGGUAACAUGGGAUUCCAGGGCUUCCAGGGAUACCAAGGACACACUGGAUCUCAAUCUUCCCAAGGAUACCAGAACCAAGGAUACCAGAAUCAGGGUUACCAGGGAUCCCAGGGCUCCCAGGGUCAGGACUACCACCACAAUUUCCGUGGAAACCGUCAACCCCACUUCUUCUAUCCCACUCAACAGUUCGAUGACGCUCACAACUACGACAACUUCCCACAGCAGGGAAACCAGUAUGAUGCUGGAAACUACUACAACGACUACAACAAAUACUAAGUAGUAAAUAUUACAAAAGCAAACACUUCCUCCAAUCGGAUUCAUUACCAAAUUUAAUUCUGUCGGAAAUAGAAUCCCACAAGAAACUAAAAAAAAUUUUCAAUAAAAAUACAAGAAAUUCUGGGAAGUGAUAAUAAAACUAUUUAAAAAAAAUGAAAACUGUUAUUAUUGCAAGGUUACUAAGAUUCAAUUAAAAGUGAUAAUGAUUAUAAAAUCUUAUCACUCGGGAAAAUUUUAAAAUUGCAACUCGUGGAAUCGUCUUGUAAACAUCUUCAAGUCAUAUUUCGGUCAAUGAAUCCCCCCUAAGUCGUACGGGUGACUUGACUUAGAGGUUAAAUAGCCAAUAAUACUGGAUUAAAAUAAGUAAAAAAAAUAAAUAAACAAAAUAAAAAGCAAA